CCACUGGCUCAUGCCUAAACACAGACAGCUACAAAAGGCACCCACCCGCUGCUACCCUCACCCUAAGACCCACUGUUGUGUGACUGUGAAGAGGCAUAACCAGCUUCACAGUAGACCAAUUGGGCUAAGAGGUUUGUACACCAGCUGCAAAAAGAUCCAGCAAUCCUAUCUACACACACACUCAGGUGUCAGGCAGAAAUGGGUAACUCAACAGGUAGCACCGUGGACGACCUGCAGUCGGUGGAGAUGCACCUCUGGUACAAGAAGUUCAUGACUGAGUGCCCCUCAGGUCAGCUCACCCUGCAUGAGUUCAAGCACAUCUUCGGGCUGCGAGGCUUGGACCCGGAGGCCAACGCCUACAUAGAGCAAAUGUUCCGCACGUUUGACAUGAACAAGGAUGGCUACAUCGACUUCAUGGAGUAUGUAGCUGCUCUCAGUCUGGUGAUGCGAGGAAAGAUGGAGCACAAGCUGCGCUGGUAUUUUAAACUUUAUGAUGUGGACGGCAACGGUUGCAUUGACCGACAUGAACUCCUCAACAUCAUAAAGGCCAUUCGUGCAAUCAAUGGGAAUGAAAGUCAGGAUGGAUCUGCUGAGGAUUUCACCAACCGUGUGUUUGACCGGAUUGACAUAAAUGGAGAUGGUGAACUUUCCUUGGAGGAGUUUGUGGCCGGCGCUCGCAGUGACGAGGAUUUCAUGGAGGUGAUGAUGAAAAGUCUGGACCUCACACACAUCGUGGCCAUGAUUGACAACAGGAGGCACAGCAUUUAGGAUCUGCCCAUCCAAACUACCUCAUCCUCAUUCCUGAUUUAACCGAGAGCUUCAAGAAACGGCCUCUAGUAAAACGUCAUUUAUAGACCGCGAUUUCUUUUAGAAUUCAAUCCAGUUUAAUACUGCAAACUCUGACAAGUCCUAUUUCAAAUCUCAAAAAUGCAUUUGGAUGACUCAGUCAACCUUUGCAAACUGGUAAUUGUCCUUGUUUAUCCGUGCUGACCUCUCCCCGGUCCAGACGGUCCACUUACCCACAGAUACCCCGCGGGAUAAAAGAGGAGAUAGUGGAGCAAAGUGGCAAUUACAUAGACUCAGUGCUUUUCUGGGUUGGAGUUCUUCUGCAGUAAAAUCCUUGAAUCUCUUUUUACCCAAUCUUGCCUGUGGGGUUCCCAGGAGGAAACUAUGACAGCAGUGUACUUAACUUCCAUACUUGUUUGAUUACUCGUUCAGAUUAUCAUAUGUUUACCUUUUUUAAUGUUAACCUUUUUUAAUAUUUUAAAUAAAUUUGAAGCAGAAGGCAAAAAACAGCUUGUUGUUUAGUGGUAUUUUUGUGUGUAUAAAUCUGCAUUUUCCUAUAUUGUAAUAAUAUUAUCAGUAUCCUAUGACUUGAAGAGUAACCAGCCUCAUACUGUACAACAGGAUAAACAAACGUUGACACAUCACAUAAACAAAAUUCUCCCUUUGAGCAAGGACGAUGAUUUAUCUGCAAGGUGCCACAGCUUAACCUGCAUCGUAUUCAUCUUUUCAUUAUUUUAAGCUGGAUGAACUGUAUUAUAUACUGGCUCUAUUUAUAUCAUAAAAGAAGAUACCACAUAUAAAGUAAAACUCUUUUGAUAAAUGCAUAGCAACUGAACAGAGACUAAAACAGAAAUAUUGAAAGUGAAAGUACAAAUACAGCAUUUAUUUCAUACAAA